AUGCCCUCCCGCCCCGACAUGGUUCAGCCCUUAAAGGGAGAAGCGGACGCCCGCGUCAUAGCGAGGCGAAAUUCUGGUUGGUCCCCUCGACGAAGACUGGGCAAAGGGUGUGACGUUCACCGCCACGCUGCCGUCGAACUGGCCGUAAUCGCGCACGAACACCGGCUCGUUACCCGGACCGCCCGCGAGCUGCUGAAGGGAAGCGUUCGCGCCGGUUAUAGGCGAUACGCGCCGACACGCCGAAUUUUUCGUAGAACAGGGUGGCGUUCUGCGAAUUGCCGAUACCUCUGCCGCGAAGGACUGGCCGACCCGGGCUCACGUCGAAUUCGCGCGACCCGCGUUGCGCGGGCGUCGGACGCUGAACUUGGCGGUGUUGGGGCCGACGAUCAGCCCGCCGACCGGCAGGUUGCCGGCAUUGGCGAUGGUGAACAAUUCCUCGCCAAAGGUCUGACGAUGAAGUCGUUGACCGUCUAUGGAACACCGCCGCCGACAGGGUCGUGGUCGGCGUCGGAUACCAUUCGAGCGACAGGAUUGCCGCCGCUGGCGGUCAGCGUGGCGGGGCGCAGCGUCCCGAUGUCCGUGCUGGGCGCCAAGUCGCCGAUCGCUGGCCGCGUCAGCGUCUUGUACGCCGCAAAAGCGCGCCCGGAGCUUGGGCGGGAAGUUCAGCUUGGCGUUCAGGUUGGGCAGGAAGUUGCUGUAGGAAGAACGCCGGUUGACCGAUACCGCCGCCCGGUUGUUGGCGAAGACGCCGGUAUAGGUCGUCGGAUCGCCCGCACCGGCAGCAGGAGCCCGGCGACCGUCCCUCCAGAUCGACAUCCGCAUAGCUGGCGAACACCUUUUCGCGCACGCGGGCCGAGGCUGCUCGGUCACCGCAUAGCCAUUGGUGCGCGCGAAGAUCGCCGCCGUCGUGCCCACUGGCUGGCCCCUGGCACGAUCGAGCGCGGGCCGCCGCCGCCGCGCUGGUCAGGAAGUUGA